AAAAAGAAGAAAUAUAUAUUUGAAAGUAACAUUUACUUUGUAAUAAUCUUCAUUCUUUCCUGAGAUUCGAUCCAACAUUUUAUUGGUGUAAACUGAGAGUCGGAUUCAUGCUCUCAGGAAAAUCCGGAAUCGAAUUCAACCGCUGAUUUCACAGUUCAAAAAGAUCGUGCAUCCCUCUACCCUUAAGAGAUUAUACGCGUAAAUUCGUCAUUCACAAGUGUUAAAAAAAAGAUCCAAUUCAAACAUGAGUUAUAUCCUUAAUUAUAGCAAAUCGCACUUUAACAUAUUAGGUCAAAAAUUCUGAACGUAAAAACUAAAAAUAUAUUUGAAUAGGGUACAGAAGAACAAAAAAAAGCACUCUUUUUUUUUAAGAACUUCCUGUUUCAAGGUCGGGAAUCUCCGUUUUGCGUGGGAUCGCAACUAAGCAAAUAUUUGGUAAGAUACCUCCCCCCUUCUCGCCUCUACCCUCCUUCAAAGCCACCGGAAAACAUAAGUGUGAAGUGUGCUUCAGCACUUGUUGCGCCCAUUCAUUGUUGUUCGAUAAGGCGGGUUAAAAAAAAAAGUGUUCUUGAAAUCGAUAUAAGAUCUUGAUCUUUUUCUUCGGAAAGUUGAUAGCUAAUGACAUUGUGCGAAAGAAUAUGGAAUUAUGUAAUAUGAAAUCUAAAUUGUUUUGGAUUACCAUUUCUAUCAUUAAAGGUUUGUCCACCUGAAAUGAAGCCUCGUCCCAAACCAAAGCCACGGCCGGAAUUCUUCAUCUACUUCCUCCUCUUCACCAUCGUUCACUUCAGCUGUGGUCUUUGCAGAGAUAUCCGGAAUUAUCACUUAUCACCAUCACUUUCAGAAGAUCUCAAAAUCAUGGAAGAACAACAAAAACAGAAAAUCUCCCCAGAAUCAUUCCUUAUCGGUAGAAAGGACUCAUUAGGUGACGCAGACUACGCCUCUGAAGCACCCCGUCCAGACAGUGAUCACGGCGUCACAGACUAUGACGAAUAUCUCGAUACUCGAGACGAUAGCGUACUACAAUCGAGUGACGUCGUCGCUGAAGUGGCCGUGACGUCACCUGGUGCAGGAUAUACCCAAACCGAAGAGUCUCCAGCGAUGGAUGAAAGUCAAGUGUGGUCUCUCAUUGAUGAAGUUGUCGCCAAACGGAACCGGAUACGACGUCAGAGUCCCCCAUCAGACUCUCCUCCUCAAUGGCGUCGUAAACAUAAGCGGCGGCAUCGACUGCUUUUGAAGUCCAGGAAGCACUCGAAUAGUUCACAAGAGGGCGGACGAAAGGGCAGGAAGCAACACAGGAGCUCAAUUCUCAAAUCUGAUAGUGAGGCACACAUAAUCACUAGUGCUAGUGAGGUGAAAAAAGACUGGUGCCGCACUAUACCUUUUACUCACAAAGUGACUGCACCGCGGUGCAAGCCAAAGGUUAUCAACAAUAACUUCUGCUACGGACAGUGCAAUUCUUUUUUUAUACCUCAGCAAAGGACUUCUGAAGGAGUUGCGUUCCAAUCUUACUCUAACUGUAAACCGGAUCGUUUAAGGUGGUCUAAUGUCACACUUGAUUGUCCCGAUCUGAUCCCACCGGUUGUGCAAAAGACUGUACUGAUCGUUGAUUCUUGUAGAUGCAUCGCAAUGGACGAGCCCAACGAUGAACGGUUGAACAAAAACAUUAGGCAUCACACGAGACAUUUCAAAGGGCGAUCCAAAAAACGUACGUGAUUGGAACGCCGCUGCUAAAAACCAGAGUUUAUUAGAAACGGAGCAAAAUUUAAUAGUUACCCGCAUCGAUGAUCGUGUUUUAUAUUUCGAAUAUUAAAUGCAUCACAGAAAAUGCGAAACCUCAACUUUAAAUGCAGUUUUUGUAUUGGACUUAAUUACGAGCUUUUAAAUUACUGCAAGAAAAUUAAAAAUUUAAAUAACUACAAACGAAAUUCAAGCGAAUUUUUUUAAUCAUUUAUUCGAUAACUCAUUAAUGCCCAUAUCUCAAUUCUUCAAUAAUUAUUUAUAUUAAUUUAUAAACCUUUGUUCGCUUCGAAAAUAUACAAAUUGGAAAUAACAGUCUACAUGAUUCAAGUGCUCAAAAACUGACUCCCAUUUUCUAGACUUGCCAAAUGUGAAUAGGAAGAAACAAAAGUAAUUUGAAAUAUGAAACGCAAGGCUGCCAAACGAAAAAUCAACGUUGAAUAUAAACGUUGGCAAUUUAAAGUUUUUUUUAUAGCAAAGCACUCUUGUUUCUUAUUCACGUCUGACAAGUUUUGAAAAUGGGCGUCUGUUUUUGAGCGCUUGAUACAUGUCGACUGUUAUUUUCAAUUUGUGUGUUUUUUAGGCGAAUAAAGAAUUUUAUUUAGUAAGUCAGUUUCUUGGGAUUAUUUAUAUAUUAGUAAAUUUCUUAAAAUAAACUUUAAAAUUACGAAAAAAAAAACAAAAUAUUUUCAUAGACAACAUUAUGAAAGGAAAAGAUAUUGAUACAUUACUCAUCAUAGUUUAAUGUACUUUCAUUUAAACUUUAGAGAAUUAAAAUAAUAUUUAAUUGGCAAAAAUUUAAAUGAGUAACUCAAUUACCUAUUUGCUGCAAUAUUUUCCAUUAUAUUCACAUUCCAUGUUAUAGCUAUAAAUAAUUCUAAUUAGUGUAAUUAGUAAUAGCUAUAAAUUUCUAAUUUUUUUAAAUCACAUGUUUAUAGGAAUAAUAAUAAAUAACCUAUUUUACAGAGAAAAAUAAAAAAUUUUACGAGAGAAAAAGUUAAGGAGAUUUCAAGAGAAAACUGCAUUGGGCGAAAAAAAAAAAGGAUAGGAGAUUUUAAUAAAGAGCUACUUUGACUGAAAAAUAUCCCCUUGGAAACUUUAAAAAAAGAUAUCGGGAAAUUUCAUUAGAGAACUGAAUCGGGCGAAAAGUUUUUUUUAAAAAAAUUGUCACCCGAAAAUUACAAUGGAUAAUUUCUUUGAAUGAAAUCAUUUUCUAGAAAAACUUAAUAAAUGAAAAACAUUAGAAAUAAAAAAGAAAUUCAGCACUGGAUGAAAAACUUUUCUAGUAAAUUGUUUCUAUAGACAAUAAAAUUUGAUCAGUAUCUGGUUAACAACACUAAAAGCAUUAGAGAAAAGAAUCAAUUUCAUUAUUUUCUUUCUCUUAUCACAAAUGUUUUAUCUUUCUCUUAUCUUUUAAUCGACCUAAGAUUGGGAAAAGAAAAACGGAAAUUUUGAUUUUAACACCCAUAGUUUAUAGUCUACAGGUGACUACAAUAGAAAAGCAUAUCAGUCGUGUGCCUUUGCUUGAAGUUAAUAAGUAAAUAAGAUAAGCUCUUUUUUUUUCUUUGUUUUUCUUUUUCUUUCACAAGAAAAUGCUUUGUUUGAAUCAAUCUCUUGUUGAUACGACGGCAAAGUGGGCCGAUUACGAAGGCGUGCGUCUUUCAGAUAAUUAAGACUGUGGACAACGGGACAGAAAAUAAAACAUUCUAUUGCUUAGUUAGUUUAAUUGAUUUGGCAAAAGAUAGUUUUUCAUUAGACUUCUAAACGUAAAAGAAUCGAAAUUUAUUGGUU